AUGGUGUUUUUACCUGCAAAGGAAUCGGGCAAAUUGACCCCAAUCCCCGAUAAUAUCCCGAUCAGUGAAUUUAUGCUCAAUGAGAAAUAUGGACGAGUCACACAUGCCACCUCCCGGGACCCAUACACAUGUGGCAUCACCGGGAGAUCAUACUCGUCGCAAGAGGUAGCCAACCGUGUUGACUCCCUGGCCCGUAGUCUUUCUAAAGAAUUCGGUUGGGCGCCGAAUGAAGGAUCGGAAUGGGAUAAGACAUUGGCCGUGUUUGCGCUCAACACUAUCGAUUCUUUGCCCCUAUUCUGGGCCGUUCACAGAUUGGGUGGUGUUCUCAGUCCUGCCAACGCAUCGUACUCCGCCGCCGAGUUGACACAUCAGUUGCUGGAUUCCAAGGCCAAGGCCUUGGUCACUUGCGUUCCUCUUCUCUCCGUCUCACUGGAAGCUGCGGCUAAAGCUGGUCUCCCAAAGAGCAGAAUCUACCUGCUUGAUGUGCCCAAGGAGCUUCUUGGGGGCGCGAAGCCUCCCACUGAAUAUAAGUCCGUUUCCGAACUCAUCGAAGCCGGCAAAUCUUUACCGCCAGUGGAUGCAUUGCGAUGGAGCGCGGGUGAGGGAGCCCGACGAACAGCAUUUUUGUGCUACUCGAGUGGAACAUCUGGAAUGCCGAAAGGCGUCAUGAUCUCACACCGCAACGUUAUUGCCAAUACCCUCCAGAUCAAGGCAUUUGAACAGAGCUAUCGGGAUGGUGGGGGCACUAAGACCGCCAGUACUGAGGUUGCUCUCGGUCUCCUUCCGCAGAGCCAUAUCUAUGCUCUUGUGGUCAUUGGCCAUGCUGGCGCAUACCGAGGCGACCAAACAAUCGUUCUUCCCAAGUUCGAAUUGAAAUCCUACCUGAAUGCCAUUCAGCACUAUAAGAUCUCCACACUCUUCUUGGUACCUCCGAUCAUUAUCCACAUGCUGAGCACCCAAGACGUGUGUUCCACAUAUGACCUGAGCUCUGUGCAUAGCAUUUUCACAGGAGCAGCACCUCUGGGCAUGGAGACAGCAGCCGACUUCCUCAAAUUCUACCCGAAUGUUUUGGUCCGCCAAGGAUACGGUCUGACAGAGACAUCCACGGUUGUAACGUCGACCCCCAUCGAGGAUAUUUGGCUGGGUUCAUCCGGCGCGUUGCUUCCUGGAUUCGAGGCACGCAUCAUGACGCCGGAAGGCAAGGAAAUUACAACCUACGACACACCAGGCGAAUUGGUCGUCCGAGGCCCAAGUGUCGUUCUAGGUUAUUUAAACAACGAUAAAGCCACCAAAGAGACAUUCGUGGACGGAUGGAUGCUUACUGGCGACGAGGCGGUCGUUCGUGUAAGUCCGAAGGGCAUCGAGCACGUGUUUAUCGUCGACCGGAUUAAGGAGUUAAUCAAGGUCAAGGGUCUGCAAGUCGCACCUGCCGAACUCGAAGCCCAUCUUCUCGCCCAUCCUGACGUCUCAGACUGCGCUGUCAUCGCUAUUCCGGAUGAUCGUGCAGGAGAAGUCCCCAAGGCUAUCGUGGUUAAGUCCCCCACCGCAGGGUCGGACGAAUCAACUCUCCAGGCUCUCGUGAAGUAUGUUGAAGACCACAAGGCUCGUCAUAAGUGGCUGAAGGGAGGUAUCAGAUUUGUGGAUGUCAUCCCCAAGAGCCCGAGUGGUAAGAUUCUUCGCCGGCUGAUCCGUGAUCAAGAGAAAGAGGCACGCAGAAAGGCAGGUAGCAAGAUUUAA